AUGUCGAGGGACCGGUCGCCAUUUUGGCUCAAACAAACUCCUCAAGAUUUCACCCAAAAUAAAGUGUUUUAAAAAUGUCUUACGAGACAUUUGUGCUAACGGUUCGUCGGGUUUAAUCAUUUUUACAAGUCAUAAUUUACUCUAAAAGUAUCUUUGUGUUGUUUUAACCUCCUAAAAGCAGCGGACCAGAAAUCAUGGUUUAAAGAAACCCAAGCUGAGCCAAGUCACCGCUUACAACGUUUGGUUUGUUUUGUUUGGGUUUUUCCACUGUAUGUAAUGGGAGGCUGCUCGGCUCCAAACUGUUCCAAUUCUACCAGCAUAGGCAAACAGCUGUUCAGGUUCCCUAAAGACCCAGUGCGGAAAAAGAAAUGGGUGGUGAACUGCCGACGUGACUUCGAGCCCACUCCCCAUUCUAGACUCUGCCAGGACCACUUUGAGGAAAGCCAGUUUGAAGAAAUUGCCAGAUCUCCAGCUGGUGGUAAAAAACUGAAGCCCAAUGCCAUUCCCACUCUGUUCAAUGUGGGGGACCCUCCUUUCCCUGCUAUCACCUCCCCAUAUAUCUUGCUACCCCUGAAACCUGAGCCAGUGGAAAAGGAUCUAAACUUUGGGGAUCAUGGCUAUGCCAGACGCAACCCCCUGUCUGGACUUGAAGAGGAGGAUGGAGAACGAGCAUCUGAAGACCAUCACCCCUGCAUGCAGUGUCAGCUUCUUAAGAAAAAGCUGGAGCAGGAGAUGCAACACACUGCAAGACUACAAAGGGAGGCAGAAGAAAUGAAGAAGCGUCUGUAUCGGCUGGAUCGGAUAGAGAAGGGUCUGCAGAACUUUCUGUACGAAGAUCAGGUCCGAGCCCUGUCCCUCACAAAGCGCUCCCGUCGAGCUGUCUGGUCACCAGAGACGAUCAUGAAAGCCCGAAAGAUUCGCUGCGCUGUUGGAACCAAAGGCUACGAGUACCUUAGAGAGAUCGGCUACCCUCUACCCUCAUAUAGGACUUUGUGCAACCGCUUGGAGACUAAGAUCAUGGUCACAACUGACAUGAGCUGCGAGGAGCUGGCGGAGCUGAGCCUGGGGCUCAUGGCCACAUGUAACAGCCCUACAGAAGGAGUUGGGGAUAAUGAUGAAGAAGAACUGAUGGGAGUUUUGUCUUGAUCCUAGUCAUCAGCUUUUAUUUCGAAUGGAUAUUUCCUGAUUCUGAGUUUAAACUGUACCUGAAGCAUAAAAAUGUCAAGACACUGGUUUUAAACAUUGCCCAGCGCACAUGAUGUUUGAUCAGCCAAGAUUGAUACUCUGGUCAUUCUUGCUGUUAUGCUGGCAUGUUGAGGUAGCCUGAACGAGUGAGGAGCACUAUGUAGCUUGUUAAAUGCACUAUGUAGAUUUGAGUGAUUUGUAAAAGAACAUUUGCACCUCGCCUGGAUAAAUCGCUGCUUGUUUUGAAGGUCAAUUGUCACACUUCCGAGUUUUUCAUUGGCUCUGUUUUAUAUAAGGAAUAAAACAUUACAUUUAGCCUGACUGGAUAUAAUGUAAGUAGAUAAACAUGCUGCAGAUCCCGGGUAACAUAAGUUCUAAUGACUGUUUCCUGGCAGCAUACUAAAAACAUUGAAAUCAUUUAAUUGAUCUGACAUUUCUGCACAUUUUGUCGAUUUUGGUUUCAUAUAGUUCUGUGCAAGGAUUUGUGUAAAUGUUAAACUAUUAAAAACAACAAAUAAAGUAAAUUUAACCCAGUUUAAAACAUUCUAAUCCAUAACAAAAUAAAAUGUCCUUUAGUUUACAGGAA